AUGAAAUUUGAGAAAGCUGAAGAAAAAAACAAGAAGAAAAUAGCAGAGGGUAUUUUGAACGACGCUCAUUCAGAACUCGCUCUAUCAAUUAUGACUCUCCCAUUGCUCGUUGCUCUCGUUGGGCUGACUUCUUUGAUAAUCUAUAUUGGUGUGAUUAUCAGGAAAGCACUUGAUGCCAACAAGGUCACUGUGAAGUCUACCUAUUUCGUCGUUUUCUCGUCUCCUCCCUCUGAUUUUUUAUGGCCGAUUCGAUUUAUUCUAUCAGUGUUCAUUUUAUUUUGGAGAAUAAUUAUUCUCGCCCGCCCGCAGUUUGCUAAAUCAUGUUCACCGAAAAUUGCAUGUUCUACUAUACUGAUCCUUUCUCUGGCUUUUAGUAUCACUGACGUUCUUGUUUUUUUUCUCGGAUGUCUUGUUCAGUUAACUGCUCAUCCGGGAUGCAUGGCACUUGGCUGUAUGGCGGGACCUUGUUUCGCUCAUUAUGCUACCAUAAAUAGAACAAUUCUCUUCUCCCUAACUUUCCUUUGUGUUUUUAUUCAUUCAAUCCUUAUUUGCUUCUAUGAGAUCAAGGAAACAGGCGAGAAACGAAUUGAAAAGGUCCGUUUUUGA